UUUGGUACGAGACUUUGUGUAUCCAUGGUAGUUACAUCAACGAGAGCGUGAACUUUCGCGUUAAUAACAGUAGACGAAAAUGAUGCAGUCAACAAGAGACCCUUAUCCCUUUCCCAAAUUACAGAAUGAUGAAAACUUUUACGGAUCGAGCUAUAUGGAGCAACAAGCAUAUGACAAACCGGUUCAUCUGGCUCAAAAGGAAGAUCCCUGGAACAGGUUGAACGGAACCUGUACACUAGCUUCCUCUCGUAGAGAAAUCUAUCACAUGGACCCUAAAGCCCCACGGGAUAGCUUAGAUUUUAUACUUAAGUCAAAGUACGAUCACCAUGAUGAAUUCCUGAGAGCCAAGAAUGAAACACUUACUCAACCGGAAACAGCUGGUGAUAGUCAUGGACGAGUUCUUAAAAACCGUGAGGUAGAAGUCAUCGUGCCAAAACCGUACCUGAACCAUCCCCUCUCUGUCAUAGAGCAGAAAAAGAAAGACAGCAUUCACUCUAUUGAAAACGCCAUUGAGGGUCACCACACACAAACAACCAACAGAGGUUACUCUAGAAAACCAGACGGAGGCUUCUUCUCCUCUUAGACUCAUUAACCAGUCUAAUUAAUUAAUCUCAUUACAUGUAUCUUGCAUCAACAAAUGCACACACAGAAUGACAAUACAUGUAUUGCAUAAGAACACCUGGAGAGGACAUUAACCUCUGUGUUUAUAACAUGCUCUCCUUGAUGCAGAUUUGAACUCUUUAAAAUUUCUUCGAAACCCUUUACUGUUUACACUGUGGAGCUAAGUAUUAAGUGUCACACAUUUCUUACAAUAUUGUUUUAUUUAUUAUGUAUAGGUUUUUUAAAGGGGGAGUUGGAACUGCUAUUACAAUUUUGUUGUAAAAUGGAAAUAUUAAAACAACUUCCAUCUAAUAGGAUUAGGAAUACUGAAGAAAAUAUAUACAUGUAUACAUGUACUGUACAUUUCAUGCAAUAAUAAAGAUAUUCACAUACAGGAUUAAGACAGAUUACAACUAUAAGUAAAUAACUUAACCAAUGAAAUUACAACAGACCAGCAUAAAACAAGAGAUCAACUUUUCUUCUUCUCUCAAUCUUUAUCUAUCUUUUCUAUUCCUUUCUUUCAUUCCCUGUCACCAGAGAGCCCCCACAGCGCUGGUACUAAUGGUGGAUACUCCAGGAAACACGAUGGUGGCUUCUAUUGCACUUAAUUUGUGGUCAACGAUUAAAUGAACUUUUCAGAUUUUUUAAAGUGUCAAAGCAUUAUUAUAACCCAAGUAUUUAAAAAAAAAAUCAAAUGUUUUUGAAUAUUUUUAUGUUUAUAUUUAUAUCAUCAGGUAUUAUGUAGAGUGUUUUUUCAAAAAUACUUUCUUACAUUUUUUUUAUUUAUAACUAAGAGUAGUUUGUAUAUUAGAAAUUUAUGAUUGUUCCAAAGUGAUUCCCAGCUGAAUAACAGACUUGUUAAUUGUUUGUAACACACGAUUGCUUUUUGAAUAUUUUAUCAUCUAGCCUUAAUGAAUUCGUUUCUAAUAAAUAUAUACCUUUUGUAACAAAAGUGUUGGUCAAUUGUAUCGAUUCCUUUGAAAAAUAAAGCAUUACUGUGAU